CUACUAAUAAUUAAUAACUUCAAUUUAUAAUAAUUAUAAAUUGAAGUUUUGUUUUAUGAAUAUUUUAAAUAUGUUUUAAUAAUUAAUUUAAUCAGAAUUAUUUGUAUAUACUUGUUAACUGGUUGAAAAUAAAUAAAUUUCAUGGAUACACUAAGUAGUGUAUUUUUACUAAUCAUGUUGAUUUCCGCUCUACUAUAAAAUCACCUACAACUGUAAUAAACAACAGAUAAAAUAAAAAUAUUAUUUAUUGUGCUUCAAUACUUUGUGAAUACUUUAAAAUAAUGGCAAAUUUCAUAAAAAAGUAUUGCGGAACUUUGAAAAAGAAGAUUGGCUGCAUAAAAAAGAAGAAAAGUAACUAUGCAUACUUGAACAUGUUACGCCGAUAUUUAGGGGCUAUUUUUGAUAAAUUGAUAAUCUUUCAUGACUAAUUUCUACAAAAAAUAAUAGACUUAAUUUUAUUUGACAAUACUUUGUUUAGCCAUCCUGUUAGAUCGCGAAUGUCAAACCAGCACUCAAACUCAAAUGGACGUACCAUCACUUGAUGCGACUGCAAAUUAUAAUAAACCCAUUGCUAUAUCAAAGGGACUCACCCAGACUAAUCCAGUCAUUGAAUUAAACGUGUCAGGAACCCAAGUUGUAAUUGUUGUUCGUACAGAAACUGCGGCACAAAGCUUUGUAUCAUAUUCUGAGCAAUGUACACAGGUCGGUUCCGUUACUGGGAUGAUUGAGUCGGUUACGCAAACUGUUGAAACUACUUUAGAUGUCAAACAUAUAGAGACAGGUUCACAGUGCUCUGUAUCAUAUUCCGAACAAUAUACACAGGUCGAUUGCGUUGCUAAAAUGAUUGAGUCGGUUACGCAAACUGUUGAAACUACUUUAGAUGUCAAACAUAUAGAGACAGGUUCACAGUGCUCUGUAUCAUAUUCCGAACAAUAUACACAGGUCGAUUGCGUUGCUAAAAUGAUUGAGUCGGUUACGCAAACUGUUGAAACUACUUUAGAUGUCAAACAUAUAGAGACAGGUUCACAGUGCUCUGUAUCAUAUUCCGAACAAUAUACACAGGUCGAUUGCGUUGCUAAAAUGAUUGAGUCGGUUACGCAAACUGUUGAAACUACUUUAGAUGUCAAACAUAUAGAGACAGGUUCACAGUGCUCUGUAUCAUAUUCCGAACAAUAUACACAGGUCGAUUGCGUUGCUAAAAUGAUUGAGUCGGUUACGCAAACUGUUGAAACUACUUUAGAUGUCAAACAUAUAGAGACAGGUUCACAGUGCUCUGUAUCAUAUUCCGAACAAUAUACACAGGUCGAUUGCGUUGCUAAAAUGAUUGAGUCGGUUACGCAAACUGUUGAAACUACUUUAGAUGUCAAACAUAUAGAGACAGGUUCACAGUGCUCUGUAUCAUAUUCCGAACAAUAUACACAGGUCGAUUGCGUUGCUAAAAUGAUUGAGUCGGUUACGCAAACUGUUGAAACUACUUUAGAUGUCAAACAUAUAGAGACAGGUUCACAGUGCUCUGUAUCAUAUUCCGAACAAUAUACACAGGUCGAUUGCGUUGCUAAAAUGAUUGAGUCGGUUACGCAAACUGUUGAAACUACUUUAGAUGUCAAACAUAUAGAGACAGGUUCACAGUGCUCUGUAUCAUAUUCCGAACAAUAUACACAGGUCGAUUGCGUUGCUAAAAUGAUUGAGUCGGUUACGCAAACUGUUGAAACUACUUUAGAUGUCAAACAUAUAGAGACAGGUUCACAGUGCUCUGUAUCAUAUUCCGAACAAUGUACACAGGUCGAUUGCGUUGCUAAAGUGAUUGAGACGGUUACGCAAACUAUUGAAUCAUCUUUAGAUGUCAAACAUAUAGAGACAGGUUCACAGUGCUCUGUAUCAUAUUCCGAACAAUGUACACAGGUCGAUUGCGCUGCUAAAGUGAUUGAGAUGGUUACGCAAACUAUUGAAUCAUCUUUAGAUGUCAAACAUAUAGAGGCUGGUUCACAGUGCUCUGUAUCAACUUGCGAACUUAGUACGCAAACCAACUCCGUUACCAAGGAAAUAAAAGGUAUUACUACAAUUUGUUAUACUAAAUAUUGCUAUAACGCCAUAAAAAAUCUUGAUUCUUUAUGAUAUAGCAAUGCUAUACUUAAAUAGCUUUAAGCUCUAACCAAUAUUGAACUGCUGAUAGAGUUUAUUUGUUCAUUCGAGUACUUUUUGUCUUUUUUUUGUUGAACUAAAAAACUGUCAAUAAUUAUUUAUAGUUCAAAAAUGUUGUACAUAUUUUUCUAAUUUGAUCAUGUAAGCUGAUUGGAAAUGUUCAUAAUUUGUAAAAAUAUGCCAUCAAUAUUAAUGUCCGAGGCAUUACUAACGCCUAGUUUAUCAUUUUAAUAAUGUAAUUUAUUAUUUUUCAAAAAAUAUUAAUUUAAGUUUGCUAAUGAAUAAUAAAAGAAAAUAGAAUUAGUUUGUUUAUAAAUCGAAUUAGAAUAUACAACGUGAUCGAUUAAG